AUGCAGAUGACCGGGAGCGACGGGAACCACACUGGGAGUGACUGGGAUCACACUGGGACGAUUACAGAGCCCGUACUGGGAUCAAACUGGGACGCCCGCCCUGACUGCCCCUUCCCCGGCCGCCGGGUCCCCUCCAGGACGCCUGGACUCGCCCUGACCCUGCGGUGGACUCGGCCACACCAUACCCCUCCCCAAGCACACCCCCCGACGGGCUGGGUCCCGCACCCCCCAUCGCCCCGGCCGCGGGCACGCAAGCACCGCCCAGGUCAGCGGGCAUUGCAGGAGAUCCGCAGGUACCAGAGCAGCACCCGCCUGCUGCUGCGCCCCGGCCCCUUCGCCUGCCUGGUGCGGGAGCUCUGCCUGCGCUUCAGCCGCGGGGUCGAUCACCGCUGGCAGCGCGUGGCUCUGCUGGCGCUGCAGGAGGCAGCAGAGACCUUCAUGGUGUGGCUGCUGGAAGACGCGUACCUGUGCUCGCUGCACGCCCGCCGAGCCGCCCUGUUCCCCAUGGAUGUGCAGCUGGCCUGGUGCCUGCAGGGACCCGAGGCGGGGGCAUCUGAAUGAGGACCCCCCCCAGGGCCCCUGCGCAAACUCAACCCCCCAGGCUCCUGUACCAGGACUCCCACCCUCACAGGGGCUCUCUCCUGACAAUCUCACACCCUUAAUCUUACUGGGACCUCCUAUGAGACCAUCAUGCUGAGACCCUCAGCAUGGUGUCCCCCAAGCUGGGGCCUUAUCCUGACAUCCCCAAUCUGA